CAGAGCGAGUGUGCUGCUGGCAGGAAGGAGGUCAGGAAGGGUCAGCAUCUUGUGACAGACAUGCUGAAGCUGGCAUUGGCAUGAGCGCUGGCAUAAGAAACCAAACUAGAUCUCGCUCCCUGAAUAGUGGACACAUGACAAACAAAUCUUCUCCCUCCUCCCAAUCCUUUCUUGUGCUCUCCCGUUGACGUGUUUCUGCAGAGCAGAUGGCUUUACACAUAAAUCCUAUUAACAACUUUCUGCUGAUGGAGACGCAGUGAGUACAGGGCUUUCUCACUCUUUCAUUAUCUCCCUUGAGAAGCCUGCUUUUUUAUUUUCUAACCUCUGAAAAAAAAGGCAGCGGUAGAGCUGAAUUUGGAGGCCACGCCAUGUCUGCAGAGAAGAAGCCGAAGAAGAAGAAAGAGGAGGCCAACAGCACCGCAGAAGCCAAGCUGAAUGGAACUGAGGCCAAACCCAAAAAAACCAAGACGAAGAAGAGCGAAGAUGUAGCCGAGGAGGACAGUUCUGCCAUCCAGAACGGAAAGAAGGUAAAGAAAAAGAAACCAGACAAAGAUAAAGAAGAACCAGAGAAGGAAAAGGAGAAAGAGACAAAGAAGAAAGCCAAAAGUGCUCCGAAGAAGAAGAAAGGCUCGGACACAGAAGACGACGACGAAGAUGAAGACGACACCCCCAAAAAGAAAACUAAGAAAAAAACAGCAAAGGACAGCACUCCAUCUGAAAGUUCUGCCAAAGAGAAGAAAACUAAAUCUAAAGACGACAAAGAUUCUGAUGGAAAAGAAAAAAAGUCCAAGACGAAGGAAAAAGACAAGAAGAAAGAACCGGCCUCGAUGUUCCAGAUAAAUGGAGACAAAGACUCCAAAAGCAAAAAGAAAGCUGCCAAAUCAGACAGUGAUGACAGCGAAGAGGAGGCAAAGUCCACCAAAUCAAAGAAGAAAUCCACCGCUGGCUCAGCAUCCAUGUUCCAAACAUCCGCUGAUAAGGACAAAGACAAGAAGACAAAGAAAAAGGGAAAGGCAGAAGAGAGCGACGACUCAGAGUCAGAAAAGGAAGAAAAAUCUAAAAAAAAGAAAGGAAAAGGGAAGAAGAAAAAGGAGAGAGCUCCCUCACCCGAGAUUGAGUUUGACAACUUGGAGGCGUUUGUGCUGCAGCCGGCUCCGCAGGGUGUGACUGUCAAAUGCAGAGUGACUCGGGAUCAGAGAGGGAUGGACAAGAGCCUCUACCCUCUGUAUUACCUUCACUUAGACAAUGAAAAGAAGACGUUCCUGUUGGCUGGAAGGAAAAGAAAGAAAAGCGCAACAUCAAAUUACCUCAUCUCCAUCGAUGCCACAGACUUAUCAAGAGGUGGAGAGAAUUUUGUCGGAAAACUGAGAUCAAAUUUAAUGGGGACUAAGUUCACCGUGUUUGACAACGCUCUGAAUCCUGAAAGAGCUCUUCCGGACAUGUCUAACGCACGGCAAGAGUUAGCUGGCAUCAUCUAUGAAACUAAUGUCUUAGGGAUGAAAGGACCCAGACGGAUGACAGUCAUCAUCCCGGGAAUGAACAAAGACAACGAGAGAGUACCACUUCGACCAAGAAAUGACUGUGACGGACUUUUGAUAAGAUACCAGAACAGAAGGACGGAAAAUCUGAUCGAGCUCCACAACAAGACGCCUGUGUGGAACGAAGAAACCGCGUCUCACGUGCUGAACUUCAACGGCAGAGUCACCCAGGCUUCCAUCAAGAACUUCCAGAUAGUCCACAACAAGGACCUGGACUACAUUGUGAUGCAGUUCGGACGAAUAGCUGAUGACAUUUUCACUCUGGAUUUCAACUACCCGCUGUGUGCCGUGCAGGCCUUUGCCAUUGCCCUCUCCAGCUUUGAUGGUAAAAUUGCUUGUGAAUGAUGCAGGGGUCCUCGCCUGUCUACCGUUGCUGAACCAAGGAUCCGACAAGUCCGCACUGACAUCACCCCAAUGAACCACCUCGGACUCGCCUACGCUCGCCGUGUUAGGCUCUGAUAACCAGCGAUAGGCUCCUUGAACGUAACAAUGCCCGCUUGGUGCCACACCGGCGCCUUUAUGGGCGUGCGAGUAAAACAAAAUCCCGUUAUCACCUAAUCUUGCAUGGCACAGGCCCAGGAGAGUUCUGUGAAAAAUCUUGAUGUCUGCGUAUGACAGAAAGUCACACAUCCCGUCGAAGGACUGCAGUGACUGGAGAGUUCACACGUUAUCAGUGAGUAAUGUGUUUAAAGACUUUUAACAUCACCAUAUGGUGACAAAGUCCCUUGUGUUUCGACGGAGAGAAUAUCAACAGGUCCCUAUUGUCUUGUGUCAAAUGUGACUGAGAAAUGCAAAUCAGGAUGACAACAAUAAUUUUAAUAGGAAGAGAUACUUCCUGUGACAUAUCAACAAUUUCUAACUCUGUUAGCAUGAGAGUUAAGACUAUUAUUAUUUGAAGCUUAUGAAAUCCCUGAAAAACAGCCGUCUUACACAGUGUACCGUCCAUAAACAAUUAAGGUAUCAGGUAUUGUUAAGUUAACAUAUAUGUAGGACUGUAACAUUUGUUAAGAGAAGUGUCUUUAGUUUAGUUUAGAUUCAGUCUGAGUUUCCUCCUGUAGCUUUUUCUAUUCACGUGUUUUUUGUUUCCAGCAUUUUGUAAAAUCUGUUAAUUUUCCUGAACACUGCCUUUGUUGCAUUUUUAGGCUCAUUGUAAUAAUGCAUGUGAAUUAAAUGUAUUUGAAAUCAA